UAGCCUCCGUUUCAAUACCGUUCACAUCCCAGGUCAGCAAGCACUCAGGUCUUUCUCUAGUCCCUACAGCCCUCUCUCUCUCUCUCCGCCCUUUUUCUCUUCCUCCGAUCGCUACCCACAGAUCCUGAAGUCCCAGAUCGCCGCCUUUCCGCACCGCUUGGUCUAGGAAUUCCCUUCCUUCACUUGAUUGGGCGGUGGAGGGAUGGACAAUUAGGGCUUAAUUUUAGCUCAAAGGGUACCUUUUGGGAUGAUCGGAUGCUGCUGAUACCCCGCAGGUGGUUUAGGUUUAGGGCUACUGUUUGUAAAUGUCGGUCGCGGAGCUGAAGGAGCGGCAUGUUGCGGCGACGGCGACGGUCAAUGCGCUUCGGGAGCGGCUUAAGCAGAAGAGGCAGCUCCUGCUUGACACUGAUGUGGCGACCUACGCGAGGAGCCAUGGGAAGACGGCCAUUAGCUUCAGCCCUACGGAUCUGGUUUGCUGCAGAACCUUGCAGGGCCACACGGGGAAGGUUUAUUCAUUAGAUUGGACCCAGGAAAGGAACCGGAUAGUUAGUGCAUCUCAAGAUGGGAGGUUUAUUGUUUGGAAUGCUUUGACAAGUCAAAAAACACAUGCAACCAAGCUUCCUUGUGCAUAUGUCAUGACAUGUGCCUUUUCUCCUAAUGGCCAGUCCGUUGCUUGUGGUGGCCUUGAUAGUGCAUGCUCUAUAUUUAAUCUUAAUUCUCAAGUUGAUAGGGAUGGGAAUAUCCCUGCAUCAAGAAUGCUAACUGGUCACAAGGGAUAUGUAUCUUGUUGUCAGUACAUUCCUGAUGAAGAAUCUCACCUGAUCACUAGCUCAGGUGACCAGACCUGUGGCUUGUGGGAUGUUACCACUGGCCAGAGAAUUUCUGUAUUUGGAGGUGAAUUUCCAUCCGGUCACACAUCCGAUGUCUUGAGUGUCUCAGUCAACACGUCCAAUUCAAGAAUGUUUGUAUCUGGUUCAUGUGAUGCAACUGCUAGACUAUGGGAUACCCGAAUUGCUAGUCGGGCAGUUAGAACAUACUAUGGUCAUUCAGGGGAUGUUAAUACAGUCAAGUUUUUCCCAGAUGGGCAACGGUUUGGCACUGGUUCUGAUGACGGCACAUGUAGGCUUUUUGAUAUGCGGACGGGGCAUCAGCUUCAAAUUUAUAGCCAGCAACCUGGUGAAAAUGAUGAAGUCCCUUCAGUGAAGUCCAUUGCUUUCUCCAUAUCAGGAAGACUACUCUUUGCGGGUUACUCUAAUGGUGAUUGUUUUGUUUGGGAUACGCUGAUGGCUGAGGUAGUUCUUAACUUGGGUUCUCUGCAGAACUCACAUGAGGGUACUAUAAGUUGCCUAGGUUUGUCUUCAGAUGGCAGUGCCUUGUGCACAGGAAGCUAUGACAAAAAACUGAAGAUAUGGGCCUUUGGAGGACACAGAGAAGUGAUUUGAUCUACGGUUCUAUCAUCCAGCUAAUAAUGACCUAUUGUUUAGUUAGCCUUUCCUGUGCUUAGAGAAAAGUAUUCGACCCAAAUGUUCCAGUUGGUGUAAAAUUUGUACCAUUUAUGCUUUCAGGUAACUUUUAGCUGUUUUCCAGUUUGAAUUAUUUUAUCUAAUUGCUUGUGCUAUUUUUGUAUGUUUCUAUAGAAAUUGUAUGUAUCACCGCAGUGUGCUCUCAUAGUAGAGGAAUCUUUUAAUUUAGCUACUAUUGUGAAUUUAAAUUUUAAUUUAUAUAUUUUUUUGUUUUCAGCAAA